UUUCAUAAAAUCAAUCUCUCAUUUUCUUUCUUGUCAUAUUGAUCUGUUGAUUAUAUGAUAAUUUCUUUUUGACAAAAAAGGAAAAGUUCUAGAAAUAUUAAUUAGUACGACAAUGCCGUCUUUGGAGGAGGAGCUGUUCCCGUCGACGCCGGGGAAGUUCAAGAUCGACAGAGGACACAGUAUGAAUCGUCAAUUCCAUCGUUGUUUCGCUUCGACCAGCACCAUGUUCUUAUGGGCUCUUUUCUUGAUCGCAUUGACGGCGUCGUAUUUGAGUUUCCAGAGUUUCGUUGAUUCCGGUAGCCGGUAUUUCAGUGCUUCGUGGGGUGGCAUUCAGUGGGAGAAGCAAGUUCGUAACUCUGCUCAGAUCCAUCGUUCCGGUGGGAUGUCCGUUCUGGUGACCGGAGCCGCUGGUUUCGUGGGGACACACGUCUCACUCGCGCUUAAAAAACGGGGAGACGGUGUCGUUGGGCUUGACAACUUCAAUAACUAUUACGACCCUUCGUUGAAGAGAGCCAGGACAUCGUUGCUCAACAGCCAUGGCGUUUUUGUCGUCGAAGGUGAUUUGAACGACGGCAAGCUUUUGGCUAAGCUCUUUGACGUGGUGGCUUUUACUCACGUGAUGCAUUUAGCGGCUCAAGCUGGAGUCAGGUACGCCAUGGAAAACCCCAACUCGUACGUUCACAGCAACAUCGCCGGUCUCGUCACGCUACUCGAGGUCUGCAAAUCCGCUAAACCCCAGCCGGCAAUCGUCUGGGCAUCAUCGAGUUCCGUUUACGGUUUGAACGAUAAGGUCCCUUUCUCAGAAUCCGACAGGACCGAUCAGCCGGCGAGUUUAUACGCCGCCACGAAAAAGGCCGGCGAAGAAAUCACCCACACUUACAAUCACAUAUAUGGUCUCUCAAUUACUGGAUUAAGGUUCUUCACCGUGUACGGUCCCUGGGGGAGGCCCGAUAUGGCGUAUUUUUCGUUCACGAGAAAUAUUUUGCAAGGCAAACCGAUCACCAUAUACCGGGGAAAGAAUCGGGCCGAUUUGGCACGGGAUUUCACCUACAUUGAUGAUAUCGUGAAGGGCUGUUUGGGUUCAUUGGAUACAUCCGGGGAGAGUACUGGGUCCGGCGGGAAGAAAACAGGGAACGCUCCGUACAGAAUAUUCAACCUGGGCAAUACAUCGCCGGUUAAGGUGCCGGAGUUGGUGAACAUCCUGGAGAGACAUUUGAAGGUCAAGGCGAAGAGGAAUAUCGUAGAUAUGCCCGGCAACGGCGACGUUCCGUUCACCCACGCUAACAUCAGUCAUGCUCAGAGGGCAUUGGGGUACAAACCCACAACCGAUUUGCAAACCGGGUUGAAGAAAUUUGUUAGAUGGUAUUUAUCUUAUCAUGGUUAUAAUAACCGCAAAGGUUUACAAUAAAAUUCAUUUUCCCUGUUUUAAAUUUUUUUUAAUGUAAGGAUUUUCUUCGAUUCCCCAUUAUAGAAUGAAAUAGAAACGCAAUGGGGAAAAUCAGAAGAAGAAAGAAAGAUCAAAUUCUUUGCUCUGGGUGGGCAGUGAAAAAGAAAGGAAACGUAACCCCCUAUUCA